UGCUGACCCCUGCACACCCCAGCCUCACCCUCUACAGCCCAACAAUGACAGGAGAGGCCACCUCCGAGGCCACUGCCUCUGGUCCAGAGGAGACGGCAUCUGAGUCUGUCAGUGUUCCCAUCACAGAGCCUUCUGGAGAAGUGGCAGCAUCGGAGUCCAAAGGAGAAGAACAGGCGGAGGAGCCCCAGGAGCCCCAGGAGCCCCAGGACCCUGCUUCUCAGGCACUGGCCCCCACAGCUCCCACGGUUACUAAGCCUGCACCCCCAAGCGAAGAUGUCCCCAGCGCACCGCUGCUGCUGACCGUGGAGGAUGUGAGCAGCAGCUCCGUGACUGUGAGCUGGGAGCCCCCGGAGAAGCUGGGGAGGCUGGGGCUCCAGGGCUACGUGGUGGAGAUCUGCAGAGAGGGAACCUCAGAGUGGGUCCCUGUGAAUGCCCGGCCCAUGAUGGUGACCCAGCAGAUCUUGCGGAACCUGGCUCUAGGAGACAAGUUCUUCCUGCGUGUGGCCGCAGUGAGCUCCGCGGGGGCUGGUCCACCUGCAGUGCUGGACCAGCCCGUCCACAUCCAGGAGAUCAUAGAGCCCCCCAAGAUCCGUGUCCCCCGCCACCUUCGGCAGACUUACAUCCGCCAGGUGGGAGAGUCGAUCAACCUUCAAAUCCCCUUCCAGGGGAAGCCCAAGCCUCAGGCCUCAUGGACACACAAUGGCCAAGCCUUGGACGGCAAGCGGGUAAACGUGCGCAGCGGGGACCAGGAUUCCAUCCUCUUCAUCCGCUCCGCCCAGCGCUCUGACUCAGGCCGCUAUGAACUCACUGUGAGGCUGGAAGGUCUGGAGGCCAAGGCAGCCAUCGACAUCCUGGUGAUUGAGAAGCCUGGGCCCCCCAGCAGCAUCAAGCUACUGGACGUGUGGGGUUGCAAUGCUGCCCUUGAGUGGACACCACCCCAGGACACGGGCAACACAGAGCUCCUGGGCUACACGGUGCAGAAGGCAGACAAAAAGACGGGGCAAUGGUUCACAGUGUUGGAGCGCUACCACCCAACCACCUGCACCAUCUCCCACCUCAUCGUUGGCAACUCGUACUACUUCCGGGUCUUCUCAGAAAACCUGUGUGGCCUCAGCGACUCAGCCACCUCCACCAAGGAGCUCGCCCACAUCCGGAAGGCGGAUAUUGCUGCCAAACCUAAAGGGUUCAUUGAGCGAGACUUCUCGGAAGCCCCCUCGUUCACCCAGCCCCUGGCUGACCACACCUCCACCCCCGGCUACAGCACUCAGCUCUUCUGCAGCGUCAGAGCAUCGCCCAAGCCCAAGAUCAUCUGGAUGAAAAACAAAAUGAACAUCCAGGGGGACCCCAAAUAUCGUGCCCUCUCUGAGCAAGGGGUCUGCACCCUGGAGAUCAGGAAACCCAGCCCCUUUGAUUCCGGGGUCUACACCUGCAAGGCCAUCAACGUGCUGGGGGAGGCAUCCGUGGAUUGCCGGCUGGAAGUCAAAGGUAAGGGAUUGCUCUCUGGGGACCAUACCAUGGAUGGGACAAUAGGAGACAUUCCCUCUUUGGAGUUGGAUUGGAUGCCACUGAGAGCUGAAGAUUAAAGCAGGAGAGAAGGAGACAGUGAGGAUCAGAUCAGGCCUUCUGAAUGACCUUCCAAGGGGGAAGAUGACCCAGUGGGGGGGAGCACGUGACCUUGAACCUCGAUGUUCCCUCCUCUCCUCCCCUAAGCUCUAACCUGCAGGAUCUCUUCUAGCCUCAGCCACACACUGAGGAGCAAUGGAGGAGGCUGGUGUGAGGAGACAGGUCCUGCAGGCCUGAGGGGUCCGUCCCCCAGGUCCAAAAUCUAGCUCAGCAGAUACCAAAUGACCUGCAUUUCCAUAGCAACAACUGAUGGAACCGCCCCUACCUGAUGACCUCCUGUCCCCGGAGGCUGGAGUUCAGAACUCAGGAGAGGGCCUGGCAGGCCCCAGGUCAGGCAUUCUGGGCACCAGGGAGCCCGGAAGGAACAGAGACUGGAACACCCUUCA